CCCAUCUUGGGCGAUCUGGCGCCAAACGGAGUAUUGAUGCCUCAAUUCUGGUAGUCUGGUGUAACAACAAAACAGGAAAUAUUUACCUAGCUAUCUAUCUAGCUUUAACUACGUUGUUGGCUAUCUAUAUUGUUAUUAUAUGUUCUUCGAUUACAGGUCAAAGAAACAACAAUUAUAUUGAAAUACGAACAGGGGCAAUUUUUAUUACGUCAUGCGACGAACAAGGAGCACUCGAAUUAAAUCCGAAGGAAAUUCAUUUAGUGGAGACGCAGAGUUGAAAACAGAGGUUCUAAAAGCAGAUGUCGGGUCGACUAAUACUGCUGAGGUUAAAAAAGAAGAGGAAGGGGAGGUUUCAGCUGCCAAGAAGAGGCGUGGUGAAAGGCGCAGCCAAAGGGAAUACAAGACUGUCAUGGACAGUAAAGAAGUUGUGAAGACAGUGGUCAUGAAGGGAAAGGUACCAGUAGAUACAGAAUGCAAGGCCAAAUUGGGAAAGGCCCACGUCUACACUGAGGGAAAUGACACUUACGACGUCAUGCUGAGCCAGACAAAUCUGCAGUUCAAUAACAACAAGUACUACCUGAUCCAGCUUCUCCAGGAUGAUGGAGCAAAAGCCUACAGUGUGUGGAUGAGGUGGGGGAGAGUGGGUAAGGUAGGGCAGAGCAGCCUGGUAUCUUGUGGAGAGGACCUUUGUCAAGCCAAAGCAGUCUUUGAAAAAAAGUUCUUGGAUAAGACUAAGAAUGCGUGGGCAGGACGUGCAAACUUUGAGAAAGUUCCUGGAAAAUAUGAUAUGUUGUUCAUGGACUACAACACUGAUGACAAAAAGGGGGAGGCAGAUGAGCUGUCUACUCCUGGCCAGUGGAAGCCAUCCCAGCUGGAUGCCAAGGUGCAGUCUCUGCUGGAGUUCAUCUGCAACAUCAAAGCUAUGGAGGAAUGUGUGCUUGAGAUGAAGUUUGACAUCAAAAAAGCCCCUCUUGGUAAGCUGACAGCAGAGCAGAUCCGAGCAGGCUAUGCCUCUCUGAAGAGGAUUGAGGAGUGUGUGAAGAGGAAAGGCAGCAACAAGGAGCUCCUGGAUGCCUGCAACCAGUUCUACACUCGCAUCCCUCAUGACUUUGGUUUGCGAACACCCCCUGUUAUCCGCACAGAGCAGGAGCUGAAGGAGAAAAUAGCACUCUUGGAGGCUCUGAGUGACAUACGUAUAGCAGUGAAGAUUGCUGAAUCCAGCUCUCAAAGUGAUGAACACCCUUUGGACAGACAGUACUGUUCUCUGAAGUGUCAACUACAGCCUCUGGCAUCUGAUAGCCAUGAGUUCCAGCUGAUUGAAAAGUACCUGCAGUCCACUCAUGCCCCCACCCACAGUGACUACACCAUGACAGUUCUGGACAUCUUUUCAGUAGAAAGAGAGGGAGAGAGGGCCAACUUCUGCUCUAACUUGCACAACAGGACAUUGUUAUGGCAUGGAUCUCGCCUGUCUAACUGGGUGGGGAUCCUGAGCCAUGGUCUUAGAGUGGCUCCACCUGAGGCUCCUGUCACUGGCUAUAUGUUUGGUAAGGGCAUUUAUUUUGCCGACAUGUCAUCUAAGAGUGCCAAUUACUGCUUCACGAAUCAGAAGAACAAUGUUGGGCUCCUCUUACUAACUGAGGUUGCUCUGGGUGACUCCAACGAGCUGCUUGAUGCCAAUUACAAUGCCGAUAAACUUCCCUCUGGGAAAAAGAGCACCAAAGGCCUAGGACAGACUGUCCCUGACCCAAAGAACUCUGUCACAUUGAAUGGUGCCACUGUGCCUGUGGGUCCUUGCAUAAAGAUCAGAGUGAACCAGGGGCAAGGAUACUCACUCCUCUACAAUGAAUAUGUCGUGUACAAUCCAGCUCAAACAUACAUGAGAUACCUCCUUCGAGUCCAGUUCAACUACUCCUCAAUGUGGUGAAGCUGUUUUGACACUGGAAAAGCCUGUAGGAACAGGUAUUUGUAUAUGAAGGUAUAGCUGUAUGAAAUGACUAUACUAUACUAAAGAAUGAACAAACUUGUUUGUUGGCCCUUUGAGACAAAUGUUUUUGGAAAAGAAAGUUUAUUCAAUAUUCA